GGCCGCCAAUUUCACUCUUCGACUUUUAUUUGUUCAUUUUUUUUUUAACAAAACAAGGAGGAGGAAAGGGAAGCUGGAGGACUUCUGGCUGUCAUGUGUCCCUAGGGGGAGGGAAAGUGUUCAUUCGUGUCACCAACCACCGAGGUCAGUGAUGGACAACUCGAUAACAUUGUGGCAGUUUCUACGGCAACUCUUGGACGAGAACAAGAAUGAUCUCAUUUGUUGGACAUCUAAGGAUGGCGAGUUUAAGCUACGUAAUGCUGAGGAGGUAGCGCGGCUAUGGGGCAUGCGAAAGAAUAAGACCAACAUGAACUAUGAUAAGCUGAGCCGAGCACUCCGAUAUUACUAUGACAAGAAUAUCAUUAAGAAGGUGAACGGACAGAAGUUUGUUUAUAAGUUUGUGUCUAUGCCAGACAGCCUGGUGAUGGAACCGGAAAAGUGUGAUGCCUCCGACUGUGAGUGGGCAAUAACCAGGCCGAAGGAUGAAGGCCUUUCUCUGCAGAGGCAGCUGAAGCCCACCACCAGAGUUUCAUCCCGGAAUGAAUACAUGCGCUCUGGCCUCUACUCAACCUUCACCAUCCAGUCACUGCAAAGCAACAACCACCGAUCCCGGGAUCAGGCCAACGACUCCCCUCCUGGAACCGUGGAGUUGCCAAUCCUCGACAGGAAAGUCCAGGUUCUCGAGAGGUCUCCUGAGGAGCCUGAGGUUCAACGCCAAGGUGAGGAGCAACAGCUGCAAGAUGGCGGUGAGGUCUCUAUGGAAACAGGUAGAGAGAGCCCCUUCCAGGGAGAUUUCAAGGUAAAGGAAGAGACGAUUGAGGAGUUGGAAUGUGACGUCCUUGAUACCAAACCUGCCGAUGAUGAUGUCCCUCAGGUGCCCAGCCCAGGUCAGAUGAAGGUAGAGAACAUUGGUAACCUUCAGCCAGCAAAAACCAAGAAGCCAAAGGAUCUGGAGCUGCCAGCUACGCUGCUCAUUGCCCAGAACAGUCCCCCUCCAGAUAAAAGCAACACUGGUGUUGUGAAUACAGUGGUGUUUCCUGCCUCCAGUGCUGUCACUCCAACGCUGAUUACCCAGCAUGUUCAGACCCCAAUAAUACUAACACCGAGUGCUUUACCAUCUGCCAUUCACUUCUGGAGCACACUUAGCCCAAUAGCACCAAUGAGCCCAGCCAAACUCUCAUUUCAGUUUCCUUCAGCGGGGAACACACAGAUCCACAUUCCCGUUGCUUCCAUGGAUGGAUUAUCCACACCAGUACUUUCAUCAUCAGCACUGCAGAAACCCUGAGCCAAGCACAGAAAAAAGGCAAUGAUGUAUUUCCAAGUGUCGACCGUAGGUGGACUGGAUAUAUUCUAUUCAAAGUGGCCUCGAGGGCGAUGAGUUGUCAAGAUGGAUUGUACAGACUCUGCUGUCCAGACCCAAUUCCUUUUCAGAACUGAUCUCUUCACGACUGAUUGAUGGAGGUAGACAGAUGAGUGACCCAUUUCAUUGUCAGGAGAUGUUGUCAGUGCAGGGUGGGGGCUCUAUCAGGCUCAAAGGCCUGGGUUGCAUGCCCAAACAUGCUCGUGCCUCAGCUGGAGUUGGCACUGUUGCAUUGUGCUGCCAAAGCCGUAUUUCACAGUGUGAGGGUGGCCAUUCGAUUCUCAGCUGGCAUGUGUGUGUGUCAGCUUUGGACCCUACACACACACUCUCUCUCUCUCUCUCUCUCUCU